AUGAAACUUGAUCAGUAUUCAACAGCUGGAAUUAAGCAUGGCACUGACAUAGCUGAAUUACUGAAGCUUACUGAUUUGAUUAUAUGGGACGAAGCUCCCAUGCAACAUCGGCAUGCAUUUGAAUGUGUUGAUCGUAGCCUGCUGGACAUCAUGUCAGCUGUUGAUCCAGAAAGAGCCAGGAAGCCUUUUGGUGGUAUCACGGUGGUCUUUGGAGGUGACUUCCGUCAAAUUUUGUCUGUCAUCCCAAAGGCUCCAAGAGCUGUCAUUGUAGGUGCUGCGUUGAAUAAAUCCAAGCUCUGGGAAUUUUGUCACGUCUACCUUCUAACUCGAAACAUGAGGCUACAUGGUGGCAACACUAAAGAGGAGAACGCGAGGAUUAAAGCAUUCAGUGAGUGGCAGCUGCGAGUAGGGGAUGGUAAGGUUGAUCCUAUCACCAUAAGGGACCAUGUUUCUGAAGUAUUAUUCAAGCUCCCUGAUGAAUUUGUCGUACAUUCAGACGAGCAACCCGUUCAGAACCUUAUUAAUAUUGUGUAUCAGGAUUUCACAGCAAAUAUGUCAUCUCGCGAAUACCUAAGUUCCCGUGCAAUUCUGACUCCCACAAAUGCUGUUGUGGAUGAUAUAAAUAAAGCCAUUCUGGACAAGACACCUGGUGAGACAUUCACAUACCUUAGCCUGGAUUCAAUGGACGACAAAGGUACGGAGGAAAACGAAUUUGAUGAAUCGUUUCCCGUUGAAUAUCUUAAUUCACUGAACAUGCCUUGCAUUCCAAAGCACGAAAUAAAGUUAAAAAUUGGUACUCCUGUGAUGCUGAUGAGGAAUCUUAAUCAAAUAAAUGCUCUAUGCAAUGGAACGAGGAUGAUUAUAACUGGAUGCAAAAAGAACAGUUUAGAGUGCGAGAUUAUGUGUGGUUCUCACAUUGGCAAGAAGCACCUAAUUCCCCGUAUUGAAAUGGUUCCAACCGAGACUCCCUGGCCAUCUGACUUCAAGCGAACUCAAGUUCCGCUUCAGAUUUGUUUCGCCAUGACCAUCAAUAAAAGCCAAGGUCAGUCCCUUGAUAACGUUGUUAUAUAUCUCCCAAGGUCUGUCUUCUGCCAUGGUCAAUUAUAUGUGACCAUAUCUAGGGUGACUUCUUCAUCCGGACUACAUAUAUUUAUCAUCGGAGAUGAAGGUUAA